GAAUGAGCCUCUUCCAAACUAUUGUUAAUUUUUUAUUAUUAUUAUUAUUCUAGGCAUCCGCAUCCGCAUCCGCAUCUGCCUCUGCCUCUGCCUCUGCUGUCCCUGCAUCUGCAUCUCCUUCAAAAGAUACACACACCCAUUCUGUUCACUCCGUCACUGUCUUUCAUUUCUUCACUUCUCUCGCUCACACACUUCAUCAUCAUCAUGGAAGAAGCUAAUGGUAUAUUCCUUGCCUGCUUUAUGAUUGCAGUGGUGGAGACGAAGGAGGGAACUAUUUCUGUGGCUUCUGCAUUUGCUGGACACCAGCAAGCUGUUCAGGAUAGAGAUCACAAAUUCUUAACUAAAGCUGUUGAAGAAGCGUAUAAAGGGGUUGAAUGUGGACAUGGUGGUCCUUUUGGUGCUGUUGUUGUACGUAAUGAUGAAGUUGUUGUGAGUUGUCACAACAUGGUUUUGAAGAACACAGAUCCUACUGCUCAUGCGGAGGUCACUGCAGUGAGAGAGGCAUGUAAAAAGCUCAAUAAGAUUGAACUCUCAGACUGUGAGAUAUAUGCCUCCUGUGAGCCUUGCCCCAUGUGCUUUGGUGCAAUCCACCUUUCAAGAAUAAAGAGGCUGGUAUAUGGAGCCAAGGCUGAAGCAGCCAUUGCUAUUGGGUUUGAUGAUUUUAUUGCUGAUGCAUUAAGGGGAACUGGGUUCUAUCAAAAAGCUCAAUUGGAGAUUAAAAGAGCAGAUGGCAAUGGGGCUGCCAUAGCAGAACAGGUCUUUGAGAAGACAAAGGAAAAAUUCAGGAUGUAUUGAUUUCUUCUAUUGGCCUUUGAUUGGUUGUAAUUAACAAUUCAUACCUUGAGUACAUUGGCAUAAUUUUUGAGGCCGUUGUUUAAGAAUUGUUGAACUUUAUUAAGUUUGAAACGUUCAUGGGUCUCUAAUAAACAGAUUUAUAUAUAUGUAUAUGCUCUUUUUCAGCCAUAACAGAAAUUGUUUAAAACCGUGAA